AUGCUAGGGUUUGCAAGAAAUUGCCGAAAAUUCGCGAAUUUCUCAACCGUCGCUGAUAAAUUUUUCAAGGUGGGUGGGUCUUGAAACGAUUUUUUCUUCCAACACAACACAGAGAGAAAAUCUGGUUUUAUCUUUGGCGGUCAUUUCCGCGUUUUCGAUUUUUUGUGUUAAUUUGUUGUUUUUACACUAUAUUCUACCUUUUUUUAUAUAAAAAACUUGGAAAAAUAUCGAUUUUUCACGAUUUUUCUCUUCAAAUUUGGGUUUAACCCCGUUUUCACUCUUAAAAUCGAUGAAAAAUAAAAUUUCCUCGCUCCCCGCUCAAAUUCCAAGAUUUCUCAUCUAUUCCAUUCGAAAAAUCAUGAAAAACCAUCCUAGAACCUCGAAAACCCCGAUUUCCCAGCUGAAAACCGAAAAAAAAAUCUGAAAUCCUCCGUGAGAAGUACACAAGCGAUGGCUGUUGGCCGCCUCGUCCCCCGAAUUUGUCGGAUCCUAGGCCAUGAGGUGUUGGAAUUUUCAUUUUCGCGAUUCCCAAAAUUCCACAUUUUCAGCCAUUUUUCGAGGGUUUUCUGAAAUUUUCGAGAUUUUUUGAUGGGCGAAUUUUAGUGUAAGAAUUGUAUGCAGGUUUUGACCGGAAGAGUUUCUGGAAAAUUGAGAAUUUCGCAAUUUUUCGUAAUAUGAUUUUUUUCUUCUAUUUAAUGUGUUCCGUUUGUUUAUAAUAAAUAACAGAUUGAUUUUUUCCAAUUUCCAAAUUUUUCUUUUCCUAAAAUAAUACAUUUUCAGGUAGAAGUAGUUGGAAAUAAACGGCGAACUUCGGAACCAAAAACCAGAAAAGAGACAAAACCCAGGUUUGAGAAGAAGGUUAAGCAAAGGAUAUCGGAUUAUUUGAAACAAAUGGCGACUCCCGAAAUUGAAAUUGUGGGUUUUUUGAGAGAGAAAAAGCUUUCCUGAACGAUAUUUAUCAAAAUUAUUUCUGAAGCUAAGUAGUUAGAGCUUUGUAAAGUCAUUGAAUUUUGCUACUUACAAAACUACACUGACUCAAAUUCAGAGCUGAGAAGUUUCUAAUAAACAUAUCUCGAUUUACAGCAACUUGCUCCACUCCGCGCGGCGGUCAAAGAAUCCGGCGACUUGGUUCGUGAUCUCAAAGCCAAAGGCGCUCCAAAAAUCGAUGUCGAUCGCGCUGUCGUCGAAUUGAAGGCACGCAAGAAGUUGUUGGAGGAAACCGAAAUCGCGUUGGCACCAAAAGAAGCCUCGUUUGAUCGAUUGAAGUUGGAGGAUUUGUUGAAGCGACGAUUCUUCUAUGAUCAAUCUUUUGCGAUUUAUGGAGGUGUUACUGGAUUGUGAGUUGGGGGAUGCGAAAUCAGGGAUUUUUCCGAUUUCUGGAAAAAAUACAGCGUUCCCAGGGUCUUUUGCCACGUCAUAACCUUUUUGGGGAGCUGAAAAUCCACGUGGAUUUUUCACAAUUUUCACCGCUCAAAUUCUCUCAGAAAUCGCAGAAAAAAGAGUCCCAGAAGCGUAUUUACUCAAAAAUCUUCAAAAUCCACGUGGCAAAUCUAUAUUCUCAUGAGAAUAUUUGAUUUGAGCUUACAAUCAAGCUCAAGGUUAGGCUUAAGGAUAAGCCUAAGCUCUUUUUGGGGCCCCAGAGCUCAUUUUCCAGAAUUUUCCAAUUUUCUCCCGUUCCAGAUACGAUUUCGGACCAAUGGGAUGCGCUUUGAAGGCAAACAUGCUCCAAGAAUGGCGUAAACACUUCAUCCUUGAAGAAGGAAUGUUGGAAGUCGAUUGCACUUCCCUCACCCCAGAACCUGUCCUAAAAGCCUCUGGACACGUGGAUAGAUUUGCUGAUUGGAUGGUAAAAGAUACGAAAAAUGGAGAAUGUUUCCGAGCUGAUCAUCUUAUCAAAAAUAGCAUUGAAAAACUGUUGAAUGACAAGAAGACCUCAGCAGAAACAAAAAAAGAUUGCGAAGAUGUUUUGGCAAGAUUGGAAGGUUUCGAUAAUAAUGAUAUGCAUCAAGUGAUCACUAGAUUCGGAUUCAAGAGUCCAAUCACUGGAAAUGAUUUGACUGAGCCGAUCGCGUUUAAUCUGAUGUUCCCCACGCAAAUCGGGCCAACCGGAGAUUUCAAAGCGUUUUUGCGGCCCGAAACUGCGCAGGGUAUUUUUGUGAAUUUCAAGCGAUUGCUGGAAUUCAACCAGGGAAAAUUGCCGUUUGCCGCCGCGCAAAUUGGACUCGGAUUCAGAAACGAGAUCUCGCCGAGACAGGGUUUGAUUCGAGUUCGAGAGUUUACGAUGUGUGAGAUUGAGCAUUUUGUGGAUCCCGAAGAUAAGAGAUUGCCGAAAUUCGCCAAAGUUGCCAAUGAGAAAUUGGUGUUGUUUUCGGCGUGUAAUCAAAUGGAUGGAGAACCGGCGAAAGAAUUGGCGAUUGGAGAAGCGGUGAAGGCUGUGAGUUUGAAAUUUCGGGAUUUGAAACCUGGAUCUGAAAAAAGCCGGAUGAAUUUAGCUUUAAAAUUUCCUUUUCCCGAAAAUCUACUGUUUCAAAAUUUUCAUGAAUUUUGAAUUCGAUUUUUUAUUUCGGUACAAAAAGCUAGGAAUUUUCCAGAAGAAUUUUGUUUUUCAAAAAUCUUUUAGUUACUCUAACUUUGUUCUAAAGCAUUGUUAGAAUUUUCAGUUCUAUUUUUUAAGAGAAAAAUCCUACUGUUUCAAAAUUUCAAUGAAUUUAGCUUUAAAAUUUCCUUUUCCCUUCAAAAAUAUUUUUCCCGAAAAUCUACUGUUUCAAAAUUUUAAUGAAUUUUGAAUUCGAUUUUUUAUUUCGGUAAAUCCAUAUUAUUUCUCCAGAAAAAUUUUGUUUGAAGAAAAUUUUUAAAAAUCUUUUAGUUACUCUAACUUUGUUCUAAAAAAAAUUCUUGAAAUUUUCAGUUCUAAUUUUUUUGAAGAAAAAUCCUACUGUUUCAAAAUUUUAAUGAAUUUGGAAGGGAUAUUUUUAUAAUAAUUUGAAAAAUUCUUGAAAUAUGAAUUCAAUCUUCCAGAAAACCGUUGCAAAUGAAACUCUUGGUUAUUACAUGGCUCGCUGCCAACAAUAUCUUCUCAAAGUCGGAAUCGACCCCCGCAGAUUGCGUUUCCGUCAACAUUUAUCCAAUGAAAUGGCUCAUUAUGCUCAAGAUUGUUGGGAUGCUGAAAUCUUAACAUCUUACGGAUGGAUUGAAUGUGUUGGAAAUGCUGACCGAGCUUGUUAUGAUCUACAACAACAUUAUAAAGCGACAAAUGUGAAAUUGAUUGCGGAAAAAAAGUUGGAAAAACCGACUGAAGUGAAUGUUGUUGAAGCGCAAGCGAAUAUGGCACUAUUGGGAAAGAGUUUCAAGAAAGAUGCGAAGAAGAUUCAAGGAGCGUUGGCUGCGUUGACAAAUGAAGAAGUUGAACAAAUGGAAGCCGAAUUGAAGGAGAAUAAGUGAGGGUUUUUGAGGGGAAAUACGUUUUUGAGCCAGGUUAGAGCUCUAGAAUUUUGAUCUAUGAAAAAACUGAAUAUUCCGUGUUUUUUGAACCAAAGCCUGAUUUUUGGCAGAAAAAUUUAUCAUUUGAAGUUUCCACGUGGAUUUUUUUCGAUUUUGACACAUGAAUUUUCUGAGCCCAAAAAUACUUAUCUUAAUUUGCCACGUGGAUUUUUUGAACUCAAAAAAUCAUAUUUUUAUCGAAAUCUCCAUUAAUACAUGAAUUUCAAUUUUUUUUUGGAAAAAUGAGCAAUUUUUGUGCUGAGUUUUUGACGAAUUUCAGUGUUUUUCAAGCCAAAAUUGAUUCAAAUUGCCACGUGGAUUUUUUCAGCCAAAAAGUUUGAUUCAAAUUUUGCCACGUGGUUUUUUUGAGCCAAAAAAAUUAAUUUUCAUUUCGGAAAAAUCCACUGUUUCAAAAUUUUCAUAAAUUUUUGAAUUGUUUUUUUUCAAUUCGAUCGAUCUUCUGAAGAACAUACUCGAAAACAUCAGAAAAUUUUCGCAUUUAUCCAAAAAAUUCUCAAAAAUUCAUGAAUUAUUUUUGAAACAGUAAAUUUUUGAACAAAAUUUUUUUACAAUUUUUCGGUGAAAACCACUAAAAUUACCCUAUUUUUACCGGAAAUCCAAGAAAUUUCGCGAAUUUCUGACCCGAAAUCAUAUUUCUAGCGGGUUUUCUCAAGAGUGUAAACGCGGAGCAUCGUAGUUUCCCACCUUGAAAAAUCUAGCUUUUUUUCAAAAAUUAUAUACCUGCAGGCUCUUCAAAUUGACCGUCGAUAACAAUGAUUUCAACAUCACUCCAGACCUUGUCAACAUCAAAAAAUACUCGAAAACUGUGAGUUUCAGGCCUUCUGAAUCCAACCAAAAAUCAAUAUUUUUUGCAGCUUCACGUUCAAGAAAUCACACCAUCUGUAAUUGAACCAUCUUAUGGAAUCGGAAGAGUUAUGUAUUCACUUUUGGAGCAUUCAUUCAGACAACGAGAAGGAGAUGAGCAACGAACUGUAAGAAGAGUUUUGAACUGAAAUUCAAAUUUUGGGCAUUUUUUUUUUGCAGUUCUUGGCGUUCCCACCAUUGGUUGCACCAAUCAAAUGCUCGAUUUUGCCAAUUUCGGCAAAUGAGAAACUUGUUCCGAUCAUCGAAAAAGUCAAAGAAGAAUUGGCCAGCUAUGAAUUGAGCUACAAAUUGGUGAGCAUUUUUUGGAAAAUUAUCGGAUUUCCUGUGAAAUUUGCUGUUUUUGAAUGAUAAAAAUGAAAAAAAUUUUUUUUAAAUCGAGAAAUAACGUUCCUUUAAAGGUACAUACAGUGUAUGAAGUGUAGGUUCUGAUGUCCCUUUAAAUGUGACUACGGUACCCGUUGUGGGACCCUAAUUUUAGUUUGGAAUAGAAUUCCUGAUUUUUUUUUGGUUAAAAAAAUUUUGGUUAAAAAAAUUCACUGUUUCAAAAAAUUCAUAUUAGUUUUUCUUCAAAUUUUGAUUUGAUAAUUGGCUUGAUAAUUUACGAAUUCAUCAAAAAUUGUAAAUUAAAAAAUACAAUAAUUUUUGUUCAAAAAUUUUUCAAGACCAAAACUAAAAAAAAUGUAAUUGAAAAAAUUGCUAGAAAUAUAAAUUUCAUAAUUUUUGCAAUUCACAAUUUCUUUGCAACCACAGUAAUAUAAAAUCGAGAAAAAUAAAUUUUUUUUGUUAAAAAAAUUCACUGUUUCAAAAAAGGCUUAUUAGUUUUUCUUCAAAUUCUGAUUUGAUUCUUUUUUAUCUUAUUCAUCAAAAAUUUGUAAAUUAAAAAAUACAAUAAAUUUUGAAUUGAAAAAUUUUGUUCAAAAAGUUUUCAACACCAAAACUAAAAAAAAUAGAAAACAAAAUCCUGGAAAUUUCACUGUUUCAAAUAAUUUUUAUAAUUUUUUAAAUUUUCAAUUUCUUUGCAUCCACAGUUUGUUGGAAAUAUAAAAUCGAGAAAAAAUAUUUUUUUUUGGUUAAAAAAUUCACUGUUUCAAAAAAUUCAUAUUAGUUUUUCUUCAAAUUUUGAUUUGAUAAUUGGCUUGAUAAUUUACGAAUUCAUCAAAAAUUGUAAAUUAAAAAUUACAAUAAAUUUUGUUCAAAAAUUUUUCAAGACCAAAACUAAAAAAAAAGUAAUUGAAAAAAUUGCUGGAAAUAUAAAUUUCAUAAUUUUUGAAAUUUACAAUUUCUUUGCAUCCACAUUCCUUCUGGAAAAUCGAGAAAAAUAUUUUUUUUUUGGUUAAAAAAAUUCACUGUUUCAAAAAAUUCAUAUUAGUUUUUCUUCAAAUUUUGAUUUGAUAAUUGGCUUGAUAAUUUACGAAUUCAUCAAAAAUUGUAAAUUAAAAAAUACAAUAAAUUUUUUUUCAAAAAUUUUUCAAGUUGUAAAAAUACAAAAAAUACAAUAAAUUUUUUUCAAAAAUUUUUCCAGACAAAAACUUAAAAAAAAAAUAGAAAACAAAAUCCUGGAAAUUUCACUGUUUCAAAUAAUUUUUGAAAUUUUGAAAUUUACAAUUGCUCCACAACCGCAUUAAUAUGCAAAUAUAAUAUUGAGAAAAAAUAGUUCCAAAAUAUUCCCUCAAAAAAUAACUGUUUCAAAAUGUUUCUUCAUUCUGAAUUUAGAACCAAAAUUCUAAUGAAAAUUAAAUAGAUUAGAGACAACGGAAAAUUGAGAGAGCGCAGACUUUUAGUUUUCCGAACAAAAAACCGAAUUUGUGUUGUAAAAAAAUGAAUUAUUGAAUUAUUUCCGUUGUCUCUAAUCAAAUUUCUAGGAUUUUUCACCCCAAAAUUAAAUUUUCAACUAAUUUUCCAAUUUUCUUUCCAGGACGACAGUUCGGGCUCAAUCGGUCGCCGUUAUGCUCGAACCGACGAAAUCGGAAUCCCGUUCGGCAUCACCGUCGACUUCGAUUCGGAAACUCUUCCACACACAGUAACCGUCAGACAUGCCGAAUCAAUGACACAAAUUCGACUCGAAGUCUCGGAACUCGGUCGAUUAAUCGGUGAUUUGUGCAAAAAUCGACAAACUUGGCAAGAUGCCCAACAAAAAUACCCGAAAUUUGAGACUGCUAAUGAAUAA